GCCCCACGCCCAGGCCCCGCCCACUGCCCGGGCGCCUCUUCCCCUCCCCCCAGGUUCCUGUCCCUCACCCUUCCCCCUUCUCCAACCGCCAACGGCCGCCUGCGCCUGAGGCCCGGCCCACGCCCCAUCCCGCUCGCUCCACGCUGCGGCAGCCCCGGCGGCCCCAGGUGCGCGGCCCCCGCCAUCCCGCCCCGCCGCCCUGCGCCAUGGAGGAGGGCCCUCUGCUGGGCGGGCUGCCCAGCCCCGAGGAUGCGAUGGUGACGGAGCUCUUAAGCCCCGAGGGUCCGUUCGUUUCGGAGAACAUCGGCCUGAAGGCCCCCGUGAAGCACGAGGAGGACGAGUUCCACGUCUUCAAAGAAGCGUACCUGGGCCCGGCGGACCCCAAGGAACCCGUCCUGCACGCGUUCAACCCCGCGCUGGGCGCCGACUGCAAGGGCCAGGUCAAGGCGAAGCUCGCGGGGGGCGACAGCGACGGCGGGGAGCUCCUCGGGGAGUACCCCGGGAUCCCAGAGCUCAGCGCGCUGGAGGACGUCGCGCUCCUGCAGGCCCCGCAGCCGCCCGCCUGCAACGUGCACUUCCUGUCCUCGCUGCUACCCGCGCACCGCAGCCCGGCGGUGUUGCCCCUGGGCGCCUGGGUCCUGGAAGGAGCCGCCCACCCGGGCGUCCGCAUGAUCCCAGUUGAAAUCAAGGAAGCAGGUGGUACUACUACAAGUAAUAAUCCGGAAGAAGCAACUUUGCAGAAUCUUCUUGCUCAGGAAUCCUGUUGCAAGUUCCCAUCGUCCCAGGAACUAGAGGACGCCUCCUGCUGUUCUCUUAAGAAAGAUUCCAACCCAAUGGUGAUAUGCCAAUUGAAAGGGGGCACACAAAUGCUAUGUAUAGACAAUUCUAGAACAAGAGAACUAAAAGCACUCCAUUUGGUUCCUCAGUAUCAAGAUCAAAAUAAUUAUCUACAGUCAGAUGUCCCUAAACCAAUGACUGCUUUAGUAGGGAGAUUUUUGCCAGCAUCAACAAAAUUAAAUCUCAUUACACAACAACUUGAGGGAGCCUUACCAUCGGUAGUCAACGGGUCUGCUUUCCCCUCGGGAUCAACUCUUCCAGGACCACCAAAAAUAAAUUUGGCUGGAUGGGCACUGAGAGAGCAGUCCAUCUGGAGCCAUGGAAGUGAGUUUCCACUUAGUGUCCACUGCAGUCAGAGGCCCUCACUGCCCCUGCACCCCGUGCUCAUUCCUGAUGGGUGUCUUUACUGGUGCUGUUAUUUCAACUGGGUCAUCCUGUUGAGUAAUAGUGAAGAAACCUUGCCGCCUUAAAAGUUGAUGUCAAGUUCCACCUCCUUCAAGAGCAUUUGGUUUUCACUUCUUCCAUCUGUGCCGAACUAUGCUGCCUCUGAGUUCCUGCAGUGUUUACAGUCGGUGUAGCACAGUGUGCUGGUUGAUUAUUCUGAGUUCCUGUGGCAUUUACAGUCAAUAUGGCACCAUGUGCACAGUCAGUAUAGGACAGUGUGCUGGUUGAUUAUUCUCUUCUGUGCUCUAAUGUUUCCAUUGCCUAUGUCUGGUGUCCCUGCUGACUUGGUGGACUCCUCCAGGACAGGCACUGUAUAUUGAACAGAUAGUUAUCCUUGGUGUCCCCUGAAGCACUGACCACAGUCCUGGCCACACAGUGAUUUAUAGUAAAUGCCUGCCGGCCUCCUCCUGACUCUGUAGAUACUCGUGGGCCUGUCACCCUCCCUCCACAGUUACAGUGGGUCCCCACUGGACUGCCUCCACAAGCCCCCACACCACUUCCUCAACGGAACAGUUUUCGUUCCUCUGGACAGGAAGUGCCGGGCCACCCUGUGCCCCAGCUCAGGGCAGGUCUGAGAGGGCCGAGGGCAAGAGCAGUGAAGUAGCUGUCAGAGCCCCCCCUCUGAACAGGCCCAGGUCUGACCCACAGGUGGACAGGCCAGGUGGCAGGAUAGCUAGACCUGCCACCUCUAGGCACCCAUGAGGGCAGAAAGCUGUAACUGUUCUGUCUCUAAAGGAAAAACAGAACUAGAUGAAUUCUCAAUUAAUACAGCAUUCAGCAACAUUGUCUUUACCUCUAAAAUGGGAGCUCUCUCCAGAAGCAGUCAAAGUUAGCAGCUUGCCCCCAUGUCAGGUGCCAUGAGCUGUUUCCCAUGGGGAGUGGGAUGGGUCACUAAACAGAGGCACAGGUGGUGAGAGCAGGGGCGGAAGACCAGAGCAGUGAGGUGAGGGCAGGCCAAGUGGGGGGGGAUUUGGAACUGACCUCAGCCCCGACAGCCAGCCAAGACUGCUGAGCGUGCGGGCGCUCGGAGCACAGAGGACAGGGCAAAGACUUUGCCUCUCUUUAGGGCGUUUGUAUUAGUUACCAACCCCUAUGUUCCAUGAGAUGGCGCGAGGCUGACAGCAAGCACGGACUGUGUGCCAGGUGCUCUUCUAGCUCUGGGAGAAAACCCAAGACUAAGAUGCAGCCUUGCUCAGAAGUGGCCAGUGCGUUGCAGAGAUGAGGCCUGUGUACAUGACCUCAAAGAGCACACUGACAAAGAUGCAUGCCCCCACUGGGCACAGGGACAGCCCUGUCACAGAAUUCUAAAUUAAAUGCUAUAUUCGUUUAGAAUUCAUCUAGUUUGGUUUUUGUCACCUGGUGUUUUGUACACGUGCCCCUCCUUGUCAUCACAGCCUAUUGAACCACUUCCAUUGCAAAUGUUCUAAGCUCCUUGGUGAGUGUCUCUUCUGAGCAAUGCUUGGGAACUUCUCCCGAUGGUUUAAUGUGCAGCUGCCCUCACAUUUAGCAACACCCAGAGACACGUUAGAGGAAGAGUUUGUUUCUUCUCUAAUGCCCCUGAAGAUGACUUCUGAGCUAAUCGCCAAAUGCAGUUAGGAGGGAGUUGUAAUAAUCCCUUCCUAAAAUGAGGAAAGUCCCCAGUGAUCACAUGGCACACUUAAGUGAUUACUAACAUGCUUUGAUAUUGUUAGUAAUAUUACAGCGUGGACUGCUUUAGCACUGGUAUAUCUGAAGAUGAACGACGCUUUAUCUAUUGUUCUUUAAUUUGUACUUCCCAUUAGCAUUCAGAUUUUGGGGGGGAAAGAGCUGUUCAGUGGGGAGAGAAGCACAAAAAAUACAGAUUUAAAUAGGUCAGGGGGAGAAGAACUCCAGGAAGACAUCUUGGGAAGGGUGAAGAGCCUUAGGACCCUGCUCUGCAUGCACACUGGCUCCAUGGGCAUGUGUGGCUGUGUUUGGUGGUGCUAGUUCCAUCACAUUGGAAACUCCCACUUCAUGAUUAGGCAUCUGUCAAUAAUACCUAUAACGAUCUGGUGUUGAGAUUCUCACAAUGUGUUGAAAAACACCAGAUGCUUAGCUAAUUCUCUAUAUAAGGAGUAAC